AUAAAAAGAAUAGUAUAUGAAUAUCGUUCGAUAUAGCAAUCCUAAUUGAGGUUAGGAUAUUUAAUUUCAUGUAACUAAAGUGUGAGAUAUGGCAGGAAGGAUUUUUCGUUCACUUUCCACUGAUUUAUUAAAUAUUAAUGGUCAACAAAUUCGAUAUGGUCAUCAUAUACGUGGAAAACCUCCAACAAUUGCUCGUUCAUUAGAACAACGACUGGCAUUGGCAGAGAAAAGAGAAGAGUAUUUAAAAAAUCAAGUUAAUAUUGGUUUAUCGUUUACUACAAAAUCUAAGAAGACAUUGAUGAAAGAAUGGAAUGCCGAAUUAAAAGCUAAUGAGAAGAAUUCUGAAUUAGAGAAAAGUUCACGUAAAUUGGCAAUAAAUAUCGAUUUAGAAAAAGCUAGAGAGAUUUGGUGGGAAACAAAUGGGCCAGAACAUACUUAUAGAAUUGCAGAACAUUACGGAGUCUAUCAACAUUUGUAUAAAGAUGCAUUUUUUUACCCGGUUAUACAAUUACAAAUAGAUUAUGAUUUAGGAAUAGAGGAUGUACUCGCUAGAGUUUAUACUGGAAAUGUAAUUAAACCGAGUGAAGCUAAAAACCAACCUACCGUUAACUAUAUUGCUAGCUCAGAUACGCUAUGGACUUUAUUAAUGACUACACCAGAUGGAAACUUUACGGAUCCUUCUAACGAAUAUUGCCACUGGUUUAUUGGAAAUAUACCUGGAAAUGACAUUGCAAAAGGAGAACAACUAGUCGAUUAUUUAAGACCAAUACCAUCGCGUGGUAUUGGAUACUGUAGAUAUAUAUUUGUAUUAUAUAAACAGGACAAACGUAUCGAUUACACAAAAUAUAAAAAGGAACAGCCUUGUCUAAAUUUAUUGGAACGUGAUUGGAAUACAUUAGAAUUUUAUAGAGAAUAUCAAGAUUAUUUAACACCAGCAGGAAUAACAUUUUUCCAAUCGGACUGGGAUCAAUCUCUUACUGAUUUUUAUCAUUAUAAUUUACAAAUGGAAGAACCAGUGUUUGAGUACGAUUUUCCAAAACCAUAUCUAAGGCCGCAGGAAUGGUUCCCCCGAAGACGAGCUUUUAAUUUAUAUUUAGAUAGAUACAGGGAUCCAAAAGAAAUAAAUAAGGAAUUUUUAUUAAAGAAAUUGAAAAAGGUUCAUCCAUUCAGAAAACCAGAACCACCAUUGAAAUAUCCAAAUGCUCAUGCAUUGGACAAAUCUAUGCCUUCUUGGUUGAGAGUAGAAACGAAAAAAGAAAGACUAGGAUGGGGACGUAUUAAUAAUAUAAAUGAGUAGUAUAUUUAUAAUUAAUAUACUU